AAAAAAAACACCUUGGGUUUGAUUACAUCGUCUAUGCUCUGCUUCUCAUAGAAAUAAAUAUUGGUUGUCUGAUUUGGUGCAUAUAGAGACAAUGCUGCUGGUGGGUUUUGUGAGAAAAUCUUGAAAUUUGAUGUAGUGGUGGCCGAAAUCUUGUUUGCUAAUGGGUCAGGAGGAGCAGAAGGUACUACCGGGUCAGCUUGAUCCGGGGACCAGUGAGAAUUCGAGCAGUUCAGUUAAUGGGGUGGUGCCCGAGACUAUGAUUUCGGUGAAUUCAGAAGAGAAGGAAUCUAUGUGUGUUGGUGAAGAAAAAAAUGGGGUUUUGAACGAAUUGGCUUGUGAGUUGGGGUCAAGUAAGGUUCUAAUGGACAGGCUUGAACAUCGGGUCAAUCAGGAGGUGAUUGAUCGGUGUGGCGGAGGUGAGGAACCGAGUCGAGUUGAUCGAGGGACAAGUGAGGAUUCGAGUAGUUUGGGUGGUGGGGUUGUUUCUGAUACUGGGAUUGUUAUUAAUUCGGAUGAGGCUUUGCCUGUUGGUGAAGAUGAUAGGGGAUUGGGAGCAAAAAUUAAUGAAUUGUUGUCGAGUAAGGUACCUAGCAAAGAGGUGAAUAAAGAGGUCUCUGAAUCGGAGAAGAAUUCGUGUGUGAUUGAUGUGAUGUGCAGUAGUGCUAUAGGGUUUGGCGACAAUCGGGAUGGGGAGAGGGUUUGUAGGAUUUGCCAUUUGGGUUCUGAGCAAUCAUCUCACAUGACGGAAUUGGUUGCUGGUGAUUCUGAUAUGACGACAACAACAGAUUUAAUUCAGCUUGGCUGUGGGUGUAAAGAUGAACUUGGCAUUGCACAUAGUUACUGUGCUGAAGUGUGGUUCAAGCUAAGGGGAACAGAUUGUGUGAGAUUUGUGGUAAGACUGCAAAAAACGUUAAGGGUGCUACGCAUAGCAGAUUUAUGGAGGAGUGGAAUGAAAGGAGAUUUACAGCUGGCAGUAGUAACUCCUCAGGAAGAGGUGGAGGAUGUUGGCGGGGACAGCCAUUUUGUAACUUCCUGAUGGCAUGCCUGGUAAUAGCUUUCGUGCUGCCAUGGUUUUUUCGUGUAAAUAUGUUCUGAUAUGGUAGUGAAUAAAAUUGCAAUGUUCUUCCUGGGAAUAUCAUUUUUUUUUUUUCACGCAUGCAUGGUGUUGGUGCAUCAUGUGGGGUUUCUGGCAUUAUUUUGGUGUGACAAAGACACACUGCCUAGUUAGGUCUUCACAUUUGGCCCUGAAAGUUUGAGGCUUCAGUGUUCAGAUGAUAAAAGUUGUCGCCCUGACAACUAGGCAGCACCAGAUCAGACUGUUGUUCUUUGCUUUGCAGUUGGUGUGGCCGGUAAUGUUAUGAGAAUUUCUUCCUUGGUUUCA